AUGCUGGACUUAUCACCGGAAGACCAGGAGUACUGUCGGGAUGUGACGACCCAACUGCUCGAUCGAACCCUGUACGAGUGCGAGGAGCUUGGCCUGGACACGGCCCCGGCCGCGAACCUCGCGCGCCUGGACAGCAAGCGAUGGAAAAAGCUCCAGACGCACCCGACUGUGACGCUGUACGGUGAGCGCAACCCCAAAGCCGCGUGGUCCCCGAUGAUGCACCGAGAAGACUGGGAGCAUCCUGUCGCGGUUGUCGCUAUUGGCGUGUUCAAGUGCUCGCUGGACGACAUGCUGCUCGGGUUGUUAACCCCGGACGUCGGCGCCCAAAAGACGAGAAGCGUGCUUAUGGGUCGACGCCCGGAGGCCCAUUGCCACCAUCAGAGCAUUGUGAGGCCUACUCGAGCGAAACCUUUCCACCUUCUGGCUGUUAGUCGUUAUAUCAACACGCAGCACUGGCCGUACACGAUGUUCGUGGGUCCUCGGGAGAUGGUGGUGGCCUUUGCCACGGGUGAAGUGGUCACCUCAAGUGGGAAACGCGUCGGCUACGAGAUCGUUCAGUCGGUGUCGCUGGACCAAACGUACCCUCGCUCUCCUUCAUUGCCGCGGUCCCAAAUGAUCAAAGCCCGAGUCUUCUGGGAGCAGCCGGAUGGGUCCGUGGGGAUGUACAACAAACUCGUCGUGGACGUGAAAUCUCACCUCCCGGACGCAGUAAAAGUCGGAAAUGUCUGUCGAGGAGCGAUGUGUUUGUGGAAAUUCGUGCCACGAAGUAUCGAGAUCAAGAAGCUGCGGUGGUGCCUGAAGAACAGGAAGGUCAUGACCCGCGAGCUGCAGCGCGAAUCGCGGAUGCUUGGCUGUGCUGCGUGUGGGAUCAUCACGCAGAAGUCUCAGGCUGCAAACAAAGGAGGCGCGAAGAACGAGUCGUCGAAGAAUCAGUGCGAGUUCUGCGAGGCGUGGCUGUGUGGACUGUCAUAUUGCCGGGCAACGUGUCAGGUCAAGAUGCUAAACUGUAGCGACACCAAGAUGUACGAGCAAACAGUGAUGGUUUGUCCCCGCUGCAUUUCCUUCGUGCGAAGUAUAGCUGCGAUUGAGAUUGUACGUUCUGAAUUGUUAGAGGCGCUGAAAAAUGCUCAUGGGGGGCUCGCAAACUGGGAGCAAAACGGUUAUGCUUGGUCACCGACAUCAGGUUCGUCGACGGAUUAUGAAUAA